AUGGAAAAUGGAGACAUAGAAGAAAGAGUACACCAACUGGAGAAUGAAAAACAGAAAAAAAAAACGUAUAUUAGAGAUCAUCAGGAACCUUGGGAUCGUGCCUCAUUGAAACGAACUUUACCAUGGGAGCUCCUGGGAAAUACGGGACAGGCAGGCCCCUCAGGGACCGCGUGUUGCGAAACGUCGCGUUCCCCGCUAGCAACUGAUUCGCAUGCUACUCAGCCGCCACCACCACACGCUGCUGUCUGUUCGUUGCCUCCAGCUUACGACUCUCGUCUGUUGUCACCAUAUUCUCAGCUGCCAACAAGCCUUACCGGUUCUUCGCGAUUCUACAACGGAGCAGGCUAUGCGGCCGACCAGGCUAGCUAUCACAACUUUGCCGGUGUGGAUUCUUCAGCUUUUUAUCCUGCUGCUCUGAAUCCUGCUUAUACUAUGAAGGAAGCUGCUGACAACCAUUGGAGAUCCAUCACGCAACCUGCCUCCUAUUAUUAUGAUCCAGCUUUGGCUAGUUAUGGGUAUGGAGGAUUAGAACUGAACGUGGCACGCAGGAAGAACGUGACUCGCGACUCGACGAGCACUCUCAAAGCCUGGUUGAACGAGCAUCGUAAAAAUCCCUACCCAACUAAGGGGGAAAAAAUAAUGCUGGCGAUCAUUACUAAGAUGACAUUGACCCAAGUGUCCACGUGGUUUGCAAAUGCUAGAAGACGCUUAAAAAGAGACAACAAAAUGACUUGGGAACCAAGAAACAAAACUGAAACUGAUCCUGAUGACAAUUCGGACGUUAAAAAGAACAAUGAUGCAGAGGAACCGGAAAUCCAAGAUCAAGUAGAUAAAGGUGAUGACAGCUGUGAAGACAGUAAUGCCGGAAAAGGUGACGUCAGCAUACGGAGCAACGGCCCUACUAAUGAGGAAGGUUUUAUGUUAACAGUUGAUUGUAGUGAGCCUAGCAGAACAGAUCAAGAAUACCAAAUAAAAACUGCCUCAAUACCAGGCAGAGACAACGAUGUGUACCAAUACAGCAGAACAAAUGACGAGCAAAGCCUAACACAUUUCAGAAGUACAAUAAAAUCUAAGAAUACUUCGUUUUCUGGAUCUUCGACAUACGAUAUAUCUAAUGAUUAUCAGCAACCAUCUGGUCUGUCCACAAACGUUGUUAGUUUCACUCCAUCGGGUUCUUCAGCAAGUCCUUCCCCCGAUCUUUCUGGAAUUGGUUCUUUUAUCAGCUCUCCCCGAGACUUGUCAACAGAUUCCAAAGAAGAUCCCGACACCAGCUGUGAAAUUCCAGAAGAAAGUUCUUCUAAGCCAAAGAUUUGGUCAUUGGCUGACACCGCAACUAGUAAGAGUCCCCCACCACAGCAGGCUAAUUUGCAAAACCCUUUUGUACCAGAAGCCCAGGACUGUUUAGUCAGAGGAACUGUUGGAGGAACUGGCACUUGGAUAACUUCUGGUAAUGGUUAUCAUAAUGGUAGAUCAGGAGCAGUCAUUCUCAAUUCCAGCGGGAAAACAUCUGGUUUCUUUUCUAAUACCACCUACUCUAGUUAUAGUUCCUCCUCAAAUUCCGUUUCUCAGCCGUCAUCGGGGUCAGUAGUUUACAACGGGGGAGCUCCUACGUUUAGCCCUCUUCCACCUCAUGCUGACACCCCACCCGAAACACCGCCAAAUAUGAAAUUAUCGUGCAAUGCUCCACUGUAUCUAGGGUCUUCAUCUUCCAAUAACUACCUGGCAGCUCAGCAUUCUGCCCAACCGUAUUUGGUACAUGGAACAUCAUCAUCAGGAAGCAGCACUGCAUACAGUCUUUCGCACAUGACAGGUGAUAAAGUCAGCAACGUAUAUUCAAUGAACUAUAUAGGGUCGUCUUCCUAUAGGCCAGACUGUGUGAUAAACGACUACUACAAUCAAUGAAAAUAUUCCUAUUAUUUCAUGAUUGUAAGUGUUCGUCAAGUUAAGAUUCCCGUGAAAAACCAUUUUCAUGUCAUUUUAAAGAAGUGAAGAGAGCACGAAGGCUGCCUUCAUUUUGUUGACAGCUGCUUUGGCUAAGCUCUUGGAUAAACAAGCACUUGCCCCAUUAUCUGUUUUUAAAACUUAUACACAUGGGAUUUGAUAAGUUCAUCACCAUUUUUCAGUGCUGUCAUAUAGGAUUUAUGUAUAUAUAAUCUAGUUGAUAAACAUAUAGAUAAAAUGUUACAGUUUUUCAUCUUUUUCCGUAUAAGAUGUGUGUUUCAGUCACUGUCCCUUCAGUCUCUUCACCAUUGAUUUGUAUUUACUUCUGUACGUUUAAUCCUGAAUGUAUGAAAUCAUUGUUUAUCAAAGGCUUUAGAACUUUUGAUAAUUUGUAUGUUUAAGGAUAUUUAUGAUGAUAUUAAAAAAUACAUCAUAAAUGAUUUCAUGAUUGAAUUUACUGAGAUAUUCUUUCUUGUAUUCGGAAUGCAUUAUAUGAGACUGUUUUUAAGUGAAAAGUGGGAAUAUAUUCAUUCUCUUGUAUGAAAAUAAAGUGAAAGGAAAUUCUCAUGUUCUUAUUGAAAAAAAGAAGAAGAACUCUUGUGUUCGAUGUGCGUUUUGUUAGCUGUUUUGAUGAACAUUCAAGGAAGAACUCUUGUGUUCGAUGUGCGCUUUGUUAGUUGUUUUGAUGAACAUUCAAGUGCGUAUGUAAUAAUGGAGACGAAUGUAACAAAUCAGAUUGUUAGAUGUGUUAGCUUGGAACUUCUUGCUUUACAAGAUUUUGAUCUACCCAAAAGCUUGCCUAUGUAUUGUUGUAUUGAUUAUGUAGAAGUGUUUGCCGUAUAUCUGUAUGACAGAUGUUAUUUUAGAAUUGAUUUUUAUUUGCUGCACAGCCCAGUCACCUACAUUAAAGACAGUUUUUAAUAUAUCAGGAAAAAAGUAGAGACAUAUCAGAAU